UAGAUCAUGUCAUACCUGGCAGAUGUUGUUGUAAUUGGUGGGAAAGGUGGAGAACCAUUUCAAUUUAUAGGCGCUGAAAAUGGAUCCACAUUAAAAAAGUUCUGGGUGUGGCUUGGUGACUGGCAGGUGAAGGCCAUGAAGGUUUGGCUUACUGAUGGCCAGUCCAAGCAAUUUGGUGCAGAUGAUGGCGAUGUUACAGAAUUUAUUUUUGCAGACGGAGAGCAUUUUACCUCCCUUUCACUUUGGGCAAUUCAAGAUGGAACACGUCUGGGUGCCAUCAAAUUCAAGACAACUCACUCCCGGGAGUUCUAUGUACGCAUGAAAAGUGGGAAGCUGAACAGAGAAGUUCCAGUUGAUGUUGCUUCUGGGAUCUGCAUGGGAAUCAAAGGAAAUUCAGGCUCAGAUAUUGAUUGCUUGGGGUUUAUGUUCAUUAACACAAUUAGGUCUACUAAGCUUACAGAUGUUGAAUAUCCUACACUUAAUGAUGUGAUGCCCAAAGUGAAUGUCAGGGAAAUCAAAUCAAUGACCUAUCAAAAUAACACUACUCAAACUCAAGAAUAUAAAAUUGACACCUCCAAAAAAAUCACCAAGACAUCCUCCUGGUCUAUUACUGGAAAAGUGGAAGUCACAUUCAGCCUUGAAGUGAAUGCAGGAAUCCCACUGAUUGCAGAGGGCAAAACAAGAUUUGAAUUAAAACUUGGAGUUGAGAGUACAUAUUCUUCAGUGACCAGUAAAGAAAAAAUGGAGCAUUACUCAUUUGGUGUUAAAGUCCCUCCAGGUAAAACUGUAGAUGUGGACAUUAAUAUUGGCUGUGCUACAGUUGAUCUUCCUUUUAAGGGUAAAGUCAAGAUUACUUGCCAUAAUGGAGGUGUGCUGAAGUUCAAAACCAGUGGAAUCUAUAAGGGCGUCACUUACACUGGUGGAAAAGUAAUUAUGAACGAAUCAGCCAAAACCCUCGCUGGGGCCUCCGAAGCUUUAGAGUAA